AUGUCGUCGUCCGCGUCUCGUGGCGGCGGCACCGGCGAGAGGAUGGUUCACCAGGACUUCAUCGCGCGCAUCAGAUUCUCCAACACGCUGCCGCCACCACCGAAUCCGCCGAAACUGCUCGAUAUCCCGAACACAGGACUGGGAAGCAGCCAUUAUACGACGCCGGGAUUUGCAUCACGCCUAGCGCGAGAGCAGCCUCUGAACAUCGAGGCCGAUGCCGAGCUGGGCAUGCCGCUUGACCUGACGGGAAUGCCGGGCGUUUUUGACGGUGAUGAGAGCUCCAUACAAGCGUUGCCGCAUCCACCACCGAUUCAUCCCCACGACCGCGCCCUCCUGAAGCCUCUGUCUUCGUUGGGCAAGCCACGCACCACCGAGGCGUCGGUAUCGUUUCUACGGCGCACCGAAUACAUCUCUGCGGGCGGUGCCAAGGCUGCUGCAAGUCCGCUACGGGCCAGCGCUGGCAACGGUCCUAAGCGGGCCGAGAAGCGGCGGUCGCCGGAGCCGGACUCGGGCACGCCGGCCUACGUCAAGCGCAAGAUCGAGAAGAGCUUUGAGGCGGCCCAGAUGGCAGCCCGCGACCGCUACUCGCGCGUGCGCCACCCGACCAAGAAGAAUCUGCGGCUGGUCGGCGCCUAUCCGCUGCUGCCCGAUCUGGGCGCCUUCCCGGACAGCGGAGCGUACGUGACGCUCAAGUUCAGCAACAACCCGGUGACGGCGGGGACGGGCGUCUAUGACACGCGCCUGCUCUCGGGCAUCUUCAAGCCGAUCGAGCAGUCGGACGAGGAGCGGGCUGCCUUUGAGGCCGCGCUCAAGGUCUGGGAGCGCGACCCGCAGCGCAAUCCGCGGCCGCAGAACCGCAUGCAGUACGACUUUUUUCUGCCGGACACGGCAACGGCCGGCGAGAGCUUCCGCGGCGUGUUUGACAGCGCCAGUGGCGAAGGCGACGGGGACCGGUUCAGCUUCAGUCGCGUGCGAGCGUAUGAAUCGGCCGAGGAGAAGGAGCUGAGCCACACGACCAAAUACUCGGAGGAGAUCCUGCUGGCGUUUGCGGACAACGCGCUCGUCUCUGCGCCCGACCUGGGCGGACGGGUGACCGGCGGACCGGGUGCAGCCCUAUACUAUCCGGUCAUGCAGCGGACGGUCGUGCGCAGCCAGCGCGGCAAGCCGAUGAUGCGCGACGACGAGGUCGGCGGACAUCCCAUGGACCGCCUGCAGGUCAGCGUGCACGAGCCGCCCGAGGACAUGCUGCAGCACAUUGCUCGUAUUCGGGCGGACCCGCUGCACUUCCACGAGGCCGAGGAGGAUGCCGAGGGAGAGGAAGACGACGGUGGACAUCGGCGGUAUCAGCAUCACGACGACGAUGAUGACGACGAUGACGACGACCGCAACGGAAGCGUGACCCCGGGAAGGACCAACGGGAAGAGCCGCGGCCACGUUGUGGAAGACGAGGACGAUGCCGAGGGCGAGGAGGAGGACUGA